AUGACCACGAGGAAAAGCUACUGGAUGAGCGAACGAGGCACAUUAACCGCGAACGAACUGAAGAGAAAGAGUUUAUGUCACGCGAAAGGCGGUCCCGGAGGAAGCGUUUCGUCGUGUUGGCAGAGGAAGCUGUCGGAUGUCGAAAGGAUUAGAAACGUAGGAUCUCCGAGUUUAGCUCGAUUGACGAACGAAACGGUUCUGGCGGUGUUUCGAGCGAGCGAAGACGCGGUAGGAGAGGAAGGGCAACAUCUGAGAGUGACGACGAGCAGAGCCGGGGAAGGGAAAGGGUGGAAGGUUUCGACGCCGUUCGAGGAGGUUGGGAAGUUUCAUGAUAACGAUUGGAAAAGAGGGAGUGGGAUGCCGAUGUGGGAUCCGAUCGUGUUCGCGGAGAGAGACGGAAAGGGGAGGGCGUUUGUGUUUUACGCGGUGUCGGAUUCGCAGAGGAGAGGGGAGUGUCGUCAAGAAAAGAGCGUGCCGUUGUUAGGUUUUGGGAGUAAACCAAUCAAACCGUGGGUGAGAGGUGGUGAUAUCUACGUCGUGGCGAGUACCGAUGCGACUUUAAAGGAAUGGAUGACACCUCGACGAGUGUUAAAGAGUGCAGAUUUCAACGGCGCGCCAAUCACGUUGAACGGACCGGCAGUGGAGAUGGACGAGGCGAACUCAGAGACUGGGAAUAGGGAUUGGGUCGUGCCGGUGUGCGUAAAUGGAAUGAAACAAGUGAAUGUCGGAACUGUUUUGGCGCAAUACGGGAGGGGGGUACACCGCGAAGGCGGCACCGGCGAAGGCGGGUUUAAUCCCAAGUGCGGCGCCGAGGCGGUGAGAAAGUGCGGGGUAAUCGUGAGUUCGGAUUUGGGAAAGACGUGGGACACGUCGAGAUUACACGAAUCCUUGGGUUUCGAUCGAAAGAAUGGCAUUUUAUUGGCGGAUAUGACGGUGGCGGAAAUCGGGGAGGGCGGUUUGUACGCCGUGUUUCGACCGAAAGUGGUGGUUGGAGGCGAGGACGACGGGCUCGUCGUUCGAAGAACGGCAAAAAGCAUGCGAUUGUACACUGCCAUUUCCACGGAUGUAGGAAAAACGUGGACGACACCACGCGAGAUGUCCUCCGAGAUGCGAACGUUCGACGCCGCAGCGAGACUUUUUCGAUUACAACCCAAAGGCCCGUUGGUGUUGGCGUACAACGACCGAUCAAACUUCGAUACUCUCGAAGGAGAAGACGGUGUGAGUGAUGAGGAAAACGACGACGACGACGACGAGAGUAUCGGUAGUAGCAGUGGUAGCAGAAGUAGUGAGACUAGUAAGAGUAGCCGUAGCGGUAGUAGUAGCAAUAGCGCGAGUUUCUCCGACGCGGCCACCAACUUAGGCGCGUUGCGCCUGACCCUCGCCACCUCCCACGACCACGGUCGCACCUGGCGCAAAGUCGUCACCGUCCGCGAUGGUGCCACCACCACCAGCGGUAACACCAACACCGACGAAAGUAGCGCUUUUCAUCGCCAACAACAGCAAAGAAAAACGCUCGGCCUUCGCGUCUCGCAACCGUGGCUUUUACAGCACGGCUGCAAAGCCUUCGUCGCGUUUUCUCGAGACUAUCACGCGUUGGAAUAUUCCUCGAGGUUCGCGCGAGCGCAACCGGAAAACGACCGCGAGUUGGGUUUACGAGAAUAUCCCCGCUCUCAUCAAACACACAUCACACAGGCGAAGUCUACGAUUCUUACGGUCCUGAAAAUCAUCCCUCUCGCGUUAUACUUACGCGCGGCGUCGUGUAAACUCGCUCUUCCCAUCCUCGGGUGCGACGGCCCUUUAUGCCCGGUGGCGAUUGGAAAAUCUGGCGAUUGCACACCAACUGCCAACACGGCGGAAUGUUACGCGUGGUGCGAACACGCGUGGACGCCGUGGGCGAACAACUUACUGUCCACGUUUAAGAUUCCUUAUAAAGUAAGAUGUAACAAAUCGAACGGGUAUGAACUUGCGAAAAUUAUCGCCGCGGUGGAGAUUAUCGGGUACUUGAUGUUGUGGAUGCCAGGGAAGGCGAAGAAAGGCGCUUUUAUUUUAACCGCGACGAUGGCGUUUGCCAUUCACUUUCAUGUGACGUUUUUGAAGGAUUCCGUGGAUAAGCUCGGGUUGCAGUUCGCUUUGAUCUUGGCAAGUUUGGCUGUGUACGUGAUGGAAACGGAUGGCAAAAAGAGUGGAUCGAAACCGAGGCCGCCGAAGAGAGGCGGAUCGAAAAAGCGAAACUAA